GGGUGACGUCACUCUGCGGACGCCGACGUGGCCUCAGGUGCACGCCCCACGUGUCCCGCCCCGCGCCCCGUGCGUCCGCCCCUGCCCUGAGAAUCCUGUUCCAAGAUGGCGGCGCCCAGCGGAGGCAGCAGCGGCGGCGGCGCGAGCCUGUGGGCCGUGCUGCUUCUUGGGGCCGUGGCGGUUAGGCCGGCGGAGGCGGUGUCCGAGCCCACGACGGUGGCGUUUGACGUGCGGCCCGGCGGCGUCGUGCACUCCUUCUCCCAGAACGUGGGCCCGGGGGACAAGUAUACUUGUAAGUUCACUUACGCUUCUCAAGGAGGGACCAAUGAGCAGUGGCAGAUGAGCCUGGGGACCAGCGAGGACCACCAGCACUUCACCUGCACCAUCUGGAGGCCGCAGGGCAAGUCCUACCUGUACUUCACCGAGUUCAAGGCCGAGGUGCGGGGCGCCGAGAUCGAGUACGCCAUGGCCUACUCUAAAGCUGCCUUCGAAAGAGAAAGCGACGUUCCCCUGAAGAACGAGGAGUUCGAAGUCACCAAAACAGCAGUGGCCCACAGGCCUGGCGCGUUCAAGGCUGAGCUGUCCAAGCUGGUGAUCGUGGCCAAGGCGUCCCGCACCGAGCUGUGACCGGCAGCCCCGUUGAGGGUGGCGCUCCGUCAUCUCCACCGAAGGUGCCCAGGGACCUGAGGGGGUGCCCAUUACUGCUUUCUAGUGGGGGCUCCCGGAUCUCAGCCCAGGCCGACGUCGCCCUGUCCGGAGGGGCUCACCCUGCCUGGCUGUCCCACCCCUGCCUGGCCCCACGCCCCGCGUGCUCUGCCGGACUCAGGACUGUGCUCCCCUCCGACCCGGCCGGCCACCCUCGGUGAGCCUCUGGGACUGUUUUGGCACAGGGCACCCAGGGGGCCUCCUUUCACAUGAACUGGGAAGAGAGGAAAUGUUUUUUUCAUAUUUAAAUUAAAAA